AUGGGUGCCUAUCUUGCUUCACCAAUAUGUGACAAAGAUACUGUAGACGGGUCGAACGAAAAUUUUGCUUUUGCUGCGAGUUCAAUGCAAGGCUGGCGAAUGUCGCAAGAAGAUGCACAUAAUGCAAUACUCAACUUUGAUGAUAAAACAUCAUUUUUUGCUGUUUACGAUGGACAUGGUGGAGCUGAAAUUGCUCUCUAUUGCUCACGUCAUUUACCCGAUUUUAUCAAACAACUUGAUUCUUAUCGUGAAGGACGAUUACAAGACGCAUUAGUCGAAGGUUUUCUCAAAUUCGAUGCUCUGUUAUUAGAUCCGAAAGUGAAAGAGAUUCUACAAGUUUUAGCUGAUUCCAAAGACAAAGCUGAAGAUAGUGAUGAAGACAUUGACGAUCAAUCAGCAAGUACUACCGUGCCGACAAGUAUCAACAAGGAAAGUAAUCAUCAGGAUGAGUUGAAUGCCGAAGAAGCACACCUGUUACGAAAGGAAGCUGAAUUGCCUAUCGAAGAAUUGAUGAAACGCUACAGUGCCGAUAAACGAACAGGAGAGAAGUCACCGACAAACACUGAACAGCAGCCCAAUGCUGUUUCACAGCUUAAUGAAGAAAAUACUCCUGCAGAUGAUGUUUUGGAUCAUAAAAUUGCUGAAACAAUAACAAAUGGCGAAUUAGCAAAUGCAGUUGAAGCCAAACCAUCGUCAUCUGAACCGAAAACAACAACGAGACGUUCUCGAAAGCCGGUAUCGACCGAUACAUCUACGAAGAAAACUUCAUUAACACAUCAUUUACUUAGUGAAAAUAUCGAUGAUCUAGACGGUGAUGACGAUAAUGAUGAAGAUGAAGAUGAUUUUGAACUCGAAGGAUCGGACGAUGAAACAUCCGAUGAAGAUGAAGAACUAGAUGAUGACGAUGGGGAAGAAACAGGAGAAGCAGAGGAAGAGGAUGAUGAAGAAGAAGAAGAAGAUGAUGAUGAUGAUGAUGAUGAUGACGAUGGUAAACAAGUAAAAACGAACAAAGCAGCACAAAUAAAAAAACUUAUGAAAAAGUCCAUCAUGGCUAUUUUAAAUCGACAUCCAAAGAAAAAGAAGCAGAGCGACGAGAGUGGAGAUGAUGCGAAAGAAAACCAAAAUGACGAAAAUGAUGAUGAUGAAUACGAAGACGAAGACGAAGAGGAAGAAGAUGACGACGAUGACAACGAAAGUGACGUCGAUUUAGGUAAAAUGCUUGACAUGAGUAAUGAUCCAGGUUCAUCAAGUGGAUGCACUGCUGUUGUAACUCUUGUACGUGAUAAACAGUUAUUCGUUGCCAAUGCCGGUGAUUCUCGAUGUGUUGUGUGUCGUGGUGGUCGAGCUAUUGAGAUGAGUCUUGAUCACAAACCUGAAGAUCCUCCGGAACGUAGUCGAAUUGAGAAAGCUGGAUAUAAAGUUACGUUAGAUGGCCGUGUUUCAGGUGGCCUCAACUUAUCACGAGCUAUUGGUGACCAUGCAUACAAGAAAAACGCGACUUUACCAGCUGAAGAACAAGCCAUAACUGCUCUACCAGACAUACGAACAUUAACACUAGAAGAUCAAGACGAAUUUAUGGUGAUUGCUUGUGAUGGUAUCUGGAAUUUUAUGUCCAGUCAAGAUGUUGUUGAUUUUGUACGCAUACGUCUUGACAAGAAAAAUUUAUCGCAAAUAUGUGAAGAAUUAUUCACGCAUUGUCUUGCACCAAAUACAAGUGGUGAUGGUACUGGUUGUGAUAAUAUGACCGCAAUUAUUGUUAAGUUCAAUUUUAAUCAAUUAUCCAAAGCAUCGAAGACAGGUGAACACAGUCCAUGGCCAGUGAUGUUUUCAGCGACGAAUAACAAACGAUCGUUGUCACCUGAUCACACAUCGAACGAAUCAGCUGACAAUAACAGUGGCAAGAAAUUGAAGAGUGUGACCGAGAAUGGUACAAACGAAACGUUAUCACCGUCGAAAACGAGUGGUGUUUUCUCUUUCAAUACUGCUGCGAAUAAUUCGAAUUCAACAGAUGGUCAAAAUUCUAGUUAA